AUGGGAUCUAGGCAAGUGAUCACGGUUAGACUAGAGGGUAUGGGGCACGGAGCGCACGAGAAAUUGGUGAACGAUUAUUUUUCGGAUGCACCCCUUUACAAUGCCGAGAUUUUCAGACGCAGGUUCCGAAUGAGUCGCCGGUUAUUCACACACAUUGCUGAUGAUUUGGCGGGGCUAGACCCGUUUUUCACGCAACGACCCGAUACUCGUGGUUAUGAAGGGUUAAGCACGUUACAAAGGUGUACUGCGGCCAUUCGCCAAGUGGCGUAUGGGACAGUGGCCGACGCUUUGCACGAGUACUUACAAAUGUCGGCAAGAACUACGCGGGAAUGUUUGUAUCAGUUUUGCCAUAAUGUGGUGAAACUAUAUAGCAAAAAAUAUUUGCGGAAACCAAACGCGUAUGAUGUUCAACAGUUGUACCAAGCUUAUGAAGCAUGA